AUGGCGCCAUCCAAGGCUGCCGUGGCAACGGCCAAAAAGCACCGACUUACGCUCAACCAGCUGGCCGCUUACGACGACAUUUUAACCGAUGCGCUCGUUGACCACGCCUUUUACUGGGCUACGGUUCCCAAGAACCGCUCGUCCUACCACCCGUCACGGGGGAUCCGGGAGGAGGACAUUGCCAAGAUUAUCCAGGAGGAAGUCAUUGUCAAGCAGGACCUCGAAACGGCAGAGAAACGCCUAUUGGCGUCGGAUGGCCUAAAGAGAUUUGUCAAUGGCCUAAAGUCGGACAAGGAGAAGGCCGACUUCGUGCAGCAUCUGCGACGAUAUCUUCGGAUAUACAUGCUCGAUUGCCCUUGGGAGGUCAGUACCACUAACCGAUACACCAUUGUCACCCAUGAAGCGUGCGUCAUCGCUAGGCGAUACAUUAAGCGCAACGAAACAAUCAAGUACCUCUCCGGCAUACAGAUCAACAUCACACCCGAGGAAGAGAAGGAGAUCACUGUUCGAAAGAAGGAUUUUAGCAUUGUCGUCAGCUCUAGAAAGAAAUGCACCAGCCUGUUCAUGGGGCCCGCGCGGUUCGCCAACCAUGAUUGCCGCGCAAACGCCAAGCUCAUGACCACAGGCCACUCUACAAUCGAGAUUGUGGCGUCCAGGCCCAUUGAGGUCGGCGAAGAGAUUACCGUUACCUACAGCGACUGCUACUUUGGAGAAAACAAUUGCGAAUGCCUAUGUCGAACAUGCGAACAGGAGUUGAGGAACGGAUGGGCGCCUGAGGAUGGGGCGGUGAAUGUAAAAAUCAGCGUGGAGGGGGAUGAGCAGAAGGAAACCUAUUCCCUGCGGAGGAGACGAAGAGACGAUAGCAUCGGCGGCUCUUCACGGACCUCUUCUGUGACUCCCGAUAUGCGCCCACGCAUCUACAAGACGAAACCAAAGAUGCAAAAACCAGGCACCCAAGAGGCAUCGGCAAUUCCCUCGCCUACCCCAGAAGCGACGCCGCGCGGUCGAAAACGCGCCAUGGAAGCGAUUGCGACUCCACCAAUCACGCCAGCCAAGAAGCUUAAGCUCACGUCAGAAUCCUCAGAUGCGUCCUCGCGUCUGCUAUCGAUACCUAGCGCAGUCUCUAGCAUUGCCGAUUCGUCCAGCACUAGAAGCAUAACGCCGAGCCAGACGUACGCCCCAGAGACGGACUCUACGUCUCCCGAAAAAGAGAGCCCUGAACCAGACACACAGACUUCCCAGACGUUCUCAGUACCAUUCCUGGACGAAAACAACGAGAAGCUUGCUUAUCAGGAUGCAGUCAACACUACGGUGGAGCCUGUUUCUCCUCCUCAUAGCAUGGGUAGCCGUGCGUCACCAGAUAUGAUCCAAGCGGAGGCCCCUGUUCGUGCGAUUCCUAGACCGCCACAGCUGAUGACCAUGUCCAUAUCUUCCAUUCUGAACGACCCCUCGCCCACUGACGAUUCUAUCGACAUGUAUUAUCCUUUUAUGAUGAAUAUUGGGGCGACCAGGGGACCUGUGGUGGAGUCGAAAUUCGAACUCAUUUCUGAACCAGGUGACGUACAGACAGAAAAAGUACAGCCGGGAGAAAUACAGACAAAAGAGAAACGGUCAAAAGAGCCAAAACCAGAAGAAGAAGAAGAACAAUUAGAAGAAACACAGCCGGUCAUUGAAGUCAAGACUACAGCUGAGAUUCACGUGGAGACUAAGGUUGAAGCAGAAGUGAAAGCAGAAGCUGGGCCAACCAUCGAGGUAGCAGCGGCUGGUAAUAGCAAGCCAAAACGCGGCAAAAGCCAAAAGAGCAUUCUCAAGCAAUCAGCACCGCCUCCAUCUCGAGUACGAACGCCAGGAGACUACGUCCUUACGCCGCUGCUCCUUUCAGAGCCUGACAUGGCUUGGAUUCAGUGCUCCAACUGCAGCGACUACUUUGUCCAGCAGAAUGCCUACUUCACACGAUCAUCUUGUCCAAGAUGCGAACGGCACUCGAAGAUUUACGGCUAUGCCUGGCCCAAAACAGACAAGACGGGGCCAUCCGAUAAAGAAGAGCGGAUAUUAGAUCACAGGAUGGUGCAUCGCUUCCUCAACUCCAACGACGAACGGAGAGCCAGAGGCCGAAAGCUUUUGGGAGAGAGCAGAGAUGGCACCGAAGAGCUAAGCGCUGAGAGAGGCAGGACCUCUCAGAGAGAAUCUAAUAGAGCGGGCGGCAGGAAUCAAAAAGAGGACGGUUCAAGGAUUCGGCGUAGUGGCCGAGCAAGGCGGAUGAGCAGCAAGCUGGCUGAAUGGUGA